UUUUUCAAGUGAUUGAUUGAGUUAUGCUAUACAUUACAAUCAUGUAAUUAACACUUGGUCCCACCUAAUAUGUUUUACACAUGCAUAUGUAUUAUAUUUCUAGCACCUUAUUAAGACAUCAUCAUCAUAAACACAUGUAUCAAUCAACCAUAUUUUCCUAAGAUAUUAAACCAUUGAAAGAUUUCAUUAAAAAUAUUAUGUGGUUUACAUAUUUUGUUUUGUUGUUCUAUUAUGAAAUACUUCUAAGCAAGCAAAAAUUUGGCUGAAGAAGCAUCCUACUUAGUACAUAGGAAUAUCCUCCCAUAUUACGUGUUCAUAAUAAACUCUUUAUAUUCUUUUAUUCACAUUUUUUAAUUUCCUCAGCUUUUUUUUUGAAAAAAGUGAAAGAUUCUCUUGCAAGAUUCCCUUACAAAAGUAUUCAACAAGUGUGAAGGUUUCAAGAAAGCUUGUAAAGAAGAGAGGACUGCAUCUUUUUUCUGAGAGGUUCCUAUGGCAGGGUUAAAUUUUGAAGCUGAAUAUGUUGAUAGCUUUGAUCUUCUGAAGGUUUUUGCAGCUGAAGGUGUUGAGUUCCUUUUAUCUUCUGAAGGCAAGGUACCCUUGUCUGAUUGCAAUGGGAAAAUCAUCUGCCUGUUUUUCUCUGCCAACUGGUGUAGGCCUUGCAGACUUUUCAUUCCUCAUUUGGUUGAUCUUUAUGAAACACUGCGAAAGAGGGGGAUAAAUAUAGAGAUCAUAUUCAUCUCUUUUGACCAUGACGAGGAUGGAUUUAAAGAACACAUCAAGAGUAUGCCGUGGCUAGCCGUCCCAUUUGAUGCAAAUUUGCAUAGAAGACUGAUUGAUAGAUAUCGGGUUGAUCGAAUCCCGUCAUUCAUUCCAUUUUGUUCUGAUGCCUUAACUGUUGAUGAAAACAUGAUUGAGUGGAUUGAGGAUUAUGGUGCUGAUGCAUUUCCUUUCACAAGGAAGAGACGUGAGGAAUUGAAAGCCAUAGAUAAAAGUAAACGCGAAGAAGUAAAUUUGGAAGAAUUAUUGACACAUGAAGAGCGCAACUUUCUCAUUUCUGGAGAUGAUAGAAAGGUGCUUGUAUCUGAACUAGCCGGGAAAACGAUAGGCCUAUUUUUCGGUGCCUACUGGUCUCCUCCAUGUCGCGCCUUCACCGUUCAACUUGCAGAUGUGUACAACAAUCUCAAGGACGCAAAAGGACACUGCUUUGAGAUUGUUUUAGUUUCAACAGAUAAGGAUCUCAGAGAAUUCAAUGUCAACAGAACUAGUAUGCCUUGGCUUUCUAUCCCAUAUGAAGACAGAACAAGACAUGACCUGUGUAGAAUCUUUGAUAUAAAGAAAAUUCCAGCUUUGGUUUUUAUUGGACCGGAUGGCAAAGUCAUUAGUCUGGAUGGAAAAUUUAUGGUCUCCUCAUAUGGCGCAGAAGCUUUUCCAUUUACAGAAUCGAGGAUUAGAGAUUUAGAAGCGGCUCUGAGAAAGGAAGGAGAUGCGUUGCCUCAACAGGUUGUGGAUGUCAAGCAUGAACAUGUACUUAAAUUGGAUAGGGCUAAAGCAUAUGUAUGUGAUGCUUGUAAGAAACAAGGCAAGUUCUGGGCAUUCUCUUGUGAUGUCUGUGACUAUGAUCUUCAUCCAAGUUGUCUAGAGAAGGUCAACAAUGACCAAAAUUGGUAGAGAAUAUAAUCAUACAAAAUUGCAACUACUUAUAUUGACAAGCUACUUUUGUACUAAUGAACUUAAAAUGUCAAACAUAAGAUCUUUAUAAACUACAUAUCUUCUUAUCAGUAUGUUGUUAAAACCUGUUAUUUGAAGGGCAAGUUUUUCUACUUUUGUAAGGUAAAGGUAUUGGUAGGAUACUCUAUUAGUUAAGAAAAUUUAGGUAAAGCCCUUCCUUUAAAAGGUAUAUGGCAUACAUAUAGAGCAUGCUUGUAUAAUAUUUUAAUUUAAUAUACUGUGUCCUUUAGCAA